AUGGCAAAGAUAAGAUCACAAAUUGUUUUGUCGCAAUACGGAGUCGCUGGAGAACCAUGUAGCGGCGUUGUAUUUAUGACGGUUUUGGCUCCGUCUUUCGUCCAACGCAUUUUUGUCGAACUGAAACAAGACGACGUGAAGAAGACGUGCGACGAGAGAAACACUUUUCGCCACGAGAACGACCCAGAACUUCUUACAGGCGGUACUAAGACACAAAACACUUUGAUCAACACUUUUGAGUGCAGCGGAUUUGUGCCAAAUGUCAAGACUGAGUACGCUUUUGGCACUUACUCGUUCUCUUUCAUGUUUACUCUCCCUCCUUCCUUCCCACCGUCUUUAAUUGUCCCCAACAAACCAUUCAAAUCGACGUAUUCUCUUCACCCCAUUGUGUACGAAUCUGAUGGAAAUCGGUUUGAAGGAACUUCAUGUGAUUUUCCAGUGCUAUACAAUUACGACGUACCAGAACAAGUUCCCGUCGUUGUGAGUAAAAUGUUGGGGAAGAUGGUGGUGACUGUGGCACAGAAUCAGAUGGGGUAUUUACAAGGAGAUGAUAUGGAUGUGACCUUGUCGAUUCUUCCAAACAAUUCUAAUGUGAAGGAAGUAACCAUUGCGCUUGUGGGAGUGUAUAAUGAAGGGAGUAGUUGCAUUAAAACGGUCUACAAUCAAGCAAAUCUCAAAAUUGAUCCGAUCAACCCGACUAUAGGGCAGUCCAUUAUGUUUCCGAUAUCAUACACAACAAACCCAUCGUUCAUCACAUUCACACAGAAUUAUCGACACUUUAUAUCAGUCAAAUGUAUCAUUCAAGGAAUCUUAAAUUCAACUGCAGAAACGUGUUUCCCAGUGAAGAUCAUAGCGAGAAAACCACAUCAAGAGAUGAUAGACGUCUACGCCAAUUACUUGGGAGUCAAGAUUUGUCCAAACGAAGUCCCGACAUUCUGUGACGGUCGAAUGGAACUGCCCCCACAAUACCCAACAACUAUUAAAGAUGGCGUGGAGAAGGUGCAGACCCUCGACGGAAGAGUGUUGUACUUAAACCAUAUGAAUCGAACAGUAAGUAAUGUUGAAAAUGGAGAACCAUUGAUUGAUACAGUAUAUCCACUCUGGAAGAGUGUGUUAUUACCCCCUGGUAUCACUUUUGGUAAACACAAAAACAAAGAGUGUGUGUUCGACCAUAUCAAUAAGAAGGUGAUUUGGAAUAGUAUGUUUGAUAUCACUCCACAAGCGCUAUUGAGUGAUAUCACCAACCCAUGUGUAUCUAUUUUUGUAUUAGAAGCGGCAGGUCUCAAGUGCAGAAAUGCAAGUUCCCCACCAGCAGUUUAUGCUGCAGUGGUGGGUGGUGAUGGUAAAAUGACCAAAUCAAAAGAAAUCAAAUCAACAGAGCCGAUAUUCCAGAACGUCGAGUUUAAUGUGGUUCCAGAAAAGAAUCGGAGAAAUGUUGUUGUCUAUUUGUAUGACAAACGAAGUUUGUUGAGCGACGAAUUAAUAGGAUCUGUCGAUAUCGACUUAUCAAAAUUGCCAUUCCCAUCGUUCAUUGAGAGUUGGUUUGAGAUCACUAACUCCCCGUUUGGCGAUGAAGCGUUCACUGGUAAAGUCAAAUUGAAAAUUGGGUACGACAGAUAUCCACACCGUAUCACAGACGAUUGCAAGACAAUCGUCGAGUUCAAUUCAGCGUGUUUCAUCCCAUAUUACCCACCAACAGAAAAUAUGGUAAAACAAGCUGAAAUGCAAAUGGCAUAUCACAAAAAGAACUUGACAGAGCCCUACAUUAUCAGUAGUAAUGGCACUGUCGUUAACACUACUUUUGACCUUUCUAGAGUAAUUAACUGA